GCCCGCCGCCAGCCGAGCGCCGCGGAGCGGGGCCGGAGCGGGGCCGCCAUGCGCCCGGGGCCGGGGCUGCCGGCGCUGCCGGUGGUGCUGGCGCUGCUGGCGGCGGCGGCGCGGCCGGGCAGCGGCGAGGAGGCGAUCCAGUGCCCGCCGUGCUCGGAGGAGCGGCUGGCGCGGUGCAAGGCUCCGCAGGGCUGCGCGGAGCUGGUGCGGGAGCCGGGCUGCGGGUGCUGCGCGACCUGCGCGCUGCCCCGCGGCACCGCCUGCGGCGUCUACACCGCGCGCUGCGGAGCGGGGCUGCGCUGCUACCCGCCCCGCGGCGAGCCCCGGCCCCUCCGCACCCUCAUGCACGGCCAGGGCAUCUGCACAGACCUGGCCGACGUCGAGGCCAUCCAGGAGAGCCUCCAGCCCCCAGAGAAGGAGGAGAUCGACCACCCCAACAACAGCUUCAGCCCCUGCAGCAUCCACGACCGCAAGUGCCUGCAGAAGCAGCAGGCGAAGAGGGUCAACAACGGCAACAAGAUGCGCAGCAGCGGGAGCCCUCACCACCGCGAGGACACGCGGGUCAUGGUGCAGGGCUCGUGCCAGAGCGAGCUGCACCGGGCGCUGGAGAGGCUGGCGGCCUCGCAGACCCGCACGCACGAGGACCUCUAUGUCAUCCCCAUCCCCAACUGCGACCGCAACGGCAACUUCCACCCCAAGCAGUGUCACCCGGCGCUGGACGGGCAGCGGGGCAAGUGCUGGUGCGUGGACCGCAAGACGGGGGUGAAGCUGCCGGGCUUCCUGGAGCUGAAGGGGGACUUGGACUGUCACCAGCUGGCAGACAGCAUGUGAGCGUCACCGCGGUGGCCCCGCGCCGUGCAGGGCCAGGACCCCCGCCGGGGCUGCCUAGGAGAGAAGGAGAGGGGACGUGACUGCUGAGCAGCGCCCUGGUGCCGGGGGAUCCCGGGAUGCGCCUGGGAUCGCGCCCGCGGCACCGCCAUGACCACUAUCAGCCACCGCCAGGGAUCCCGGCGAGCGCCAGCCGCGCCUCACCCCGCACGGACACGGCUUGGGUGAUGCUGCCCCGCGCCUGGGGUCGGGCUGCCUGCGUGGAGUGGGUGGGGGGCACCCAUGAUGCUGCUGCCCCGCGGUACCCCCGGGUUCCAGCCUGGCCCCGCGGGUCGCCAGCUGGCAGCUCGGGGGGUGCGGUGGCAGCAUCGCAUUUGCGGCUCGGUGCCCUCCAUGCCACACCUCUGCACGGGCAGCAGCAGAAGUGCCUCAUCCUGCCCUCCCUGGUGGCGACAGGCUGCCCAGGCAAGGACUGGGGGACCUGGAGAGACCCUCCUGCCUGCAUCCCACCCCGAGUGUGUGUGUGUGAAGGGCAGUGUGGCCACUCAGAGCAAUAAGAGACCUUCCCCCUCCCUGCUGCAGCCCCCGGGACCUCCUCCCCACAGCCCAGCCCCAUCCCACCCCCUGUGCAGGGACAAAGCCUCCCAUCCAUCCUGUCUCCCUCUCUUCCCUCCUGGGGUGAGGGGGUUUGGAUCCCCAGGCAAUUGGCAUUGAGGGGGUGAGGGAUGCCCAGGAAACACAUCCCAGGGGGAAGAGCUUCUUUUGGUUUGAGUUUUUUCUUUCUUCCCCAAAUUUUUUAGUAUUUAAAAAAUGUUGUUGGUGGGAUCUAAUAAGUGACUGUGUGGCCCCGAGGCUGAAUUUCUCCAUCCCCAGGCACCAGGGCACUGUGGUGAUGGCUCCUGUCUUCUCUUCUUGGCCAAUGUGACAAAACUGGGAUGGAUUCUGGAAUGUCUCCAUGAUGGGAUCUGCAGAUUUCACCAGCACAAUGUUCUCAGCUGAGAAAUUGUCCCUGGUUUUCUACCUGGUUUUUCUUCAAGCUGGGAUGGAAAUUUUUCCCAUAAAAAUGCCAUGGAAAGUGUGCCAAAGACAGAGGGGACUUCCCCAAUCCCCUCCUGACCCACCCUCUGGCUCCGUGGCCUCAGGGGUAGGUUUUGGUUUUCCAUGUGGAUUUGUCCUGUCCGAGGCCCCCCCGAUGGGAAGGAAGCGUUUCAGUUUUAGUGAAACACCCUCUGCCCUCCUGACCCCUGCCUGCCCCGGCUGCCCGCGGCCCUGCUCACACACAGCUUCUAAAUUGAGUCCAUUUUACCAGGACGGUCCUCGGCGGGGAGGGGGGUCCCUGUCCCUGCCACCCCUCCGAGCCCCCGCCCCAAGGAAGGGAUUCCCAGUGCCAGUCCCAGUGCCAGUCCCAGUGCCAGUCCCUGCGGCAGCACCGCAGCAGGGCACAGCGCCAGCCUGGUGGCCUCGGCCGCUCCCCGGGUGCACCAGGGCGGGUCCAGCAGGGCCUUUCCUGGCUUGGGGGCUCCUGGCAAUGCCGAUGCCCCAGGGCACAUUCUGUGUCCGGCUCCGAGGGCUCCAGCCCAGUCUCGUAGCGUCUCUCCUGUAGCUUAGGGCUGUAUUUACACACCACCAUGUACCAGUGUCCCCCACCCGCAGCGUGUCCCCUGGAGCCCAAGGGGUCCCUGUCCGUCCCUCCCGGGCCAAGCCCGUCCCAUCAGAUCCCCGUGUAGCGCCAACCUUUUACAGUACACUUGAACCUUUGUAUCCUCAAAAAAGGUAAUUACUGUAUUUAAUUUCCCGUU